AUGAUGCGAAUGAGGGGAGGCGGUGAUGAGUCGCAGCAUGAGCAGGAGCAAGAGAAUGAGGAGACAGCCAUAGUCCUGGACGAUGAGGACAAAGCCCUCUGCCAGACUCCUGUGGCACAGAAAGAAGCGGAUGAGAGCAUGAGCCCACCCAUGGACCGUGUCAAGCGACAGCUGAGCUUUGGAUCGGCUUCAUCAGCCGAGUCCAAGCAGUCAAGGCUGCAUAAGUUCUUCCGGUCUCCGUCAUCCUUCUCUGACGACAGCAGCAUCCAUGAGACGCCCAGUCCGCCGCCCAAGAGGCCAAGAAAUCGCAUGGAAGACACUCUUCGUGAGAUGUUGAAGAGUGGGCAGCUGUCGCUUGAUGGGAAGAAGCUGACCCUGACAGCCCAUGAGGAUGUCAUGCCCAAGCUGCAGCAGGAGGUGGGCAAGAAGUUUGGGAGGUUCGGAGGUCGGCCCAUGAAGCCGGUCAGCGAAAGGAGAGGGAUCAUGGGUGGCCAGAAGUCCAACCGGAGAAAGGCCAAUGAGAAACCUCGGCAGUUUGAGUUGUCUGUGUCCAUGAAGAACCGCAUCUGCCAGCAAAUCUAUGAGACCCGUGGGCACCAUCCCGCUGAGCAAGACAUGCUCAAGGCCUUUGCAAAGAAGAGCAAGAUGAGGUUGGACAAGCUGCAGGACAUCUGGGCCAACAGGAGCACAUGGGCUCAGCUCGAAAAGAAGGACCAUGGCAACAUGAUCGGUGGGGAGCAUUCCAAGCAGAGGCCAAGGAUGAGAGCAGAAGGUGCUGGUGCCAAGCGACAAUUCCCUGAGGUCGUCCAGAAACUUGGCCAUUGGCUUGACAAAGAACGAGCCCAUGGUCAUCAGGUGCUGCAGCGGCACCUGGCAUGGCAGUAUGAGCUGCUCCUUCAGGAACACAUGGUUGAGCUUACGGAGCUGCUUGAGUCUGAGAAGAGUAAGGACAUGAGCACAGAGGAGCGGCAGCAGCAUGAGGUGAAGCUAAAGCUUGCAGAGAAGCAGAUUGAGGCCAUGCAUGGGAGCGAGAAGCUGAUGAACAAAAGGGCAAAGACAUUGGCCACAUGGCUUGGGGCUGAGACGAGGGUUCCAAACCUCGUGACCCAGAUCAGUUCCGUGGAGCAGCAGGUGAGGGCUGAGCUCUCGUGGCAACACCAUGACUGGUGCAUUCACAAGGUGGCAUCAGCAGAUGAGGACUUCAUGAGACAGUACUUUGCCAGGCCCAAUGAGAUCACCCCAGCCAUUAGAAAGGCAUGUGUUCUGGGCUUCUCCGAUCAGGUGCCACUCUGGCUGAAGUGUGGGUCCAAGAAAGAAAUCAUGGCUUCAUGGGAAGUAGCAGGCCUCAAGAAGAAGAAGCAGCAUCCGCACCUGCAUGAGCCGCAGCAGACCGCAGAUGAGACACACCCGGCAGCUGAGGAGCCUCAUGAGGAGUCGAAAGCUGAGGAGCCUCAUGAGGAGUCGAAAGCUGAGGAGCAUCAUGAGAAGCAGCCACAUGCGCAGGAGGAACCAGGUGAUGAGUGGAAGCUCGCCAUGCCAGAUGAGAAGCAUGAGAUGGCCCAUUUGACCACCCGUCGGCAAGAGAAGGCCGAUAGGUACAGGGUCACAUUUGAGGCCAUGCAGCUCGUGAGUGGCUUCUUCGACCAUGAGAAGACCCCCACCUCUGAUGUGGCGUCUCUCUUGACCCAUGUAGAAGAAUGUCUCAUCCUCUUUCCAUUUCCCAUGCUCGUCAAUGUUAUCCAACCGUGCAUGCUGGCCGGGAACUAUCAGAAUGCCUCUCAUGCAGUGGCCUUCGAGAGCUGCGGCCGAGCUCUCAUCAGCUGGCGAAAGCUGCGAGAUGAGAUGCCACAAGCAUUCCGGCAUUUCUCCGUCAUGAGCCAGCCUGCAUCCAACAGCGAUGGGAUUUGCUUGCCAUGGGUCAUAAAGGAUCAGGCUAGGCAGUUCCCAUUGAGUGUGUGGAUGAGGGAUGCGUAUGGGCCUGCAUUCACAUCAGAUACGGUCAAGACCCUCUUCAUGGGGCAUCAGGUUCAGUCGCGCAUCAUGCCGAAGAUGACAUCAGCAUUACAGCUCACUGAUACAGAUUUUUCACAUGCCUUUAAGGCAUCAGUGAGAAGAGCCAUCGAUGAGCAGAGCAUGAGGCAGGCGGCUCGCCGGAAUGAGGAGGAUGGGCACCAUGAGCAGCAGUUCCCGAAGAUGGGCAUCAAGGAGAUGGCAUUGGCCAUCGACGCUGCCAUGGAGCACAUGAUCCAGAUGAAUGAGAAGCCGGAAUGGGUCCUGGCUGGGCUCCGCCGCAAUGGGUUCUUGGCCCUGAGACCUGAUGAGCAUGGCAAGAUGAGGAAGUGCGAUCACGAGGCAUGGGCCAAGGACAAGCCAUUGGGCUGCAAGAGGAUCCAUCCGACAUGGGUCGCCAAUCGGUAUCAGCAUGAGAACAAUGGAGACAUUGAGAAACCCAAUUGGGCUCGCAUUGAGGGAGCCACUGAGUUGAGUGACCUGGCCCAUUGGCACUACAACGAUGGGUUCAAGGAUGCCCCAAGCUGGGAGGACAUCCCAUUUGAUGAGCAUUCCGAGCCUGAAUGGCAGGCAUGCGCCAAGUUCCAGAUGCCAUUAGACCUGAGAAGGGCCAUGCUGGCAAGAGAGGCGACCAUGAGCGAUCAAGCCAAGGCAAAGAGGGAGAGGAGAAGAGAGAAGAAUAAGACCAGGCGGCAGAAGAAACAACAGGAGCAUCAGCUCACGGAUGAGGUCCGGGAGGAGCUGAGAGCAAGCAUGCAGGAAACCUCCAGGUAUGCCGCCAUGAGGGAUCUGCCAGCAUCGGCCUCGAAGAGAGGCAAGGCGAAGGCCAAGGCGAAGGCCCAGGCCAAGGCCGAAGCCAAGGCCAAGGGCAUGAGCUUGCCCAAGAUGGGCAAGAUGGCCAAAAAGCAGCAUAAGAAGCAGCUCAAGAAAAACGCAUUGAGCAAAGCGGUGGAUGAGCUCCCUGAGCCGCCAUUGCCUCCGCCACCCGGCCCACCAGCUAUGAGUGCUGACACUGGUGAGCAUGACAUGACCAAGGGCACAUGGAGGAUGGUCAAUGAGGACGCUGGCAUUUCGCUGUAUGGGCGGCAUGGGUCCAUUCUGGGUGUCGGCCGUCAGAACUGCCACAUGCUGCUGGAGAAGGACCAUUUCUUCCCCAAGCAGCAGAAGGCAUGGGUCAGCAAGAGCCAUUGUGAGCGAUUGCCAGAGGGUGAGCAUAAGGUGUGGAAGUGGGCCCAGAUGUCCUUCUACCGGGCCUGGAAGCAGGAAAUGCUGCUUGACAUGGGGCUCUUGAGCCAGGACCUGGAUCAGCUGGAUGGGCUUGAGCAGGUUCACAUCCUCCCAUACCCAGCCAUUGAGGCCGGCGGCAUAGAGCUGCAACAGCUGCAUUUGGGCUGGCGAGUCCUGCUUUGGCACAUGCUCCAGAGCUCAAUGCCCUGCAAGAGCAUGGGCUUCAUUAGUCCUGGAUGGACACAGCCACUAUAUCUGCAUCAUGACAAUGCCAAAGUGGAUGUGGAUGCAUUCAUUGAGUGCAUCAAAAAGCAGAUGAGUGCUCAUACACUGAACUUCCUCCCCCUGGGGUACUAUGACUCCCUGCCGGAUGAGUCCCAGCGAUGCAGGGACUACGCUGAGAAAAUCUUGGCAUCCCUGCUCUCCAUGGGCCUGGUGCAUGAGGCGGUGUCUUCAAGGGAGUCGAUGAUCAAGGGAGUCGAUGAGUGCGGAUUCCAUGUUCUGGCUGCCAUGGAGCAAGAGGCCGCAAAGGCCAUGGGGUUUGGAAAGGCCAGCACUGGGUGGCCUUCGCAUUCGGCGAAGAAGUGGCAUGAGCGGCUGCAUAAGGUCACAAAUGCUCUCCGCACUGAGCAGACCAAGCGACUGGAUGAGCUGAAACAGCAUAAGAAGAAGGAGGAGGCCUUGGGAAUCAAGAUACUCGGACCUUUAGUAUUUAGGAUGAAAAAAGAGCGAGAGCACAUGGCGGCCAUGGCUGAGAAACGCUGCCUGAGCUGCGAUGAUGGUAAGCUCCUCGCAUACUGGAUGAGGAGGGAAGCCCGCAGAUUGGGCAGGAACAUUGCCCCUAAGUACAAGCUUAGCUCUGCUGGACAUGAGCUGGUCCCAUGA